AAAUGGCAGUGCUAUGCAUGUCUCGUAUGUAUUCAGAUCCUGGUGUUCUAUUUGCAUGCUAUUCGUUAUUUUGGGGGAUUUAACAUCAGGCAAAACAGCCUCCCAAAAAAUCCAAGACAGUCGCCAAUCACAAAGAGCCUUUGAAAUCAAACUUCCUCCAUAUUCGCCGGAACUGUGGGAAGGAAGGAAAGCUCGGGUAAAAUGCGGAAAUCAGACGCUUGCUGUACACAUUUUCACUGGCGAGUGUGACAGAAAAAAUGACUCAGUUGUGUUUGGUACCACGAAGCUGCUGAAAUCGACCAUGGACGAACCGGAAUAUAAUCUUUCUCGCGAAUAUUACUGAUAGCAAAACCGCCAGAUACAGGAGACUGGCGUGCACCUGAAACAUAAGUGCAGCAAAACACGGGUUCAUAGUUUUUAUUCUUCUCCCUCCGAGAAUGUGGUUAAAUCCCGAAGAAGUGUUGCUGAAAAACGCACUAAAUUUAUGGGUGACCGAGAAAUCCAACGCAUAUUUCCUGUUGCAGCGUCGGAGGGGACACGGAGAUUCCGGGGGCAAAAUAACAGGGCUGCUGGUGGGGGCGCUGGACACAGUGCUGGACUCUAACGCGCGUGUGACUCCAUUCCGUAUCCUAUUGCAAGUCCCGGGGUCACAGGUCAGCUGGGUCAUCGCUAGCGGGACCGCGGUGGAGGAAGUGAACCAGCACUGGGAUUGGCUCGUACAGAACCUCCUCCACUCCCUUUCCGUGUUCGAGAACAAGGAUGAUGUCACCAGCUUCGUCAAAGGGAAAGUGAAGGGUCUGAUAGCGGAGGAGUUGGGCAGCCGCCGGGCGGUGCAGGAGGAGGAGCCAGAGAAGUUCCGGGAGGCGGUGAUGAAGUUUGAGCUGCGCUUCGGCCUGCCCCCGUCUGAGAAGCUGGUCACUCACUACUCCUGCUGCUGCUGGAAGGGGCGUGUCCCUCGCCAGGGCUGGCUCUACCUCAGCACCAACCACCUGUCCUUCUACUCAUUCCUGCUGGGCAAGGAAGUGAAGAUGGUGAUCCCGUGGGCGGAGGUUGUCCGGCUGGACCGAACCUCCUCCGGCUUCAUGACGGACACGGUGCGGGUGAGCACGCGUUGCCGGGUGCGGCACUUCGCCAUGUUCCUGAGCGUGGAGGAGGCCUUCGCCAUGAUGGUGCGGCUAGCCGACAUCACCCUCCGCCGUCUCCUCGACAACGAGGCCUUUGAGCUGGAUCAGGUCCUGCAGCAGCCCGCCAACAUCACCAAGAGAGUCCUGGAGCAGCAGUCGCUAAAGGAGUACGUCCUGGCGCUGUUUCGGCUGCCGCGGCGGGAGCAGCUCCAGGAGGUGGUGAUGUGCUCGGUCUGGACCCCCCAUGCGCGCUGCCACACCCCUGGAACCCUCUACACCACCGACAGCUACCUGUGCUUCACCAGCCGAGAGGAAGGCUUCUGCACACUGCUCAUUCCCCUGUGUGAGGUGGUCUCCAUCGAGAAGCCAGAGAGCACGUGCUCGCUGCCCAACCCGGUGAUCGUGAGCGUGCGUGGUCAGCGCGCGUUCCAGCUGAUCGAGCUGAGGCAGCGGGACCUGCUGGUGGAGAGCCUGGGCAAGCGGCUACGCGCGCGGCAGUGGAAACAGGAAGUGUUCCACAGCAGGGAGUCGCGCAGGAAGUCCAAGAAGGCCAACCCAUUGCCCUAUUACACCUUCUACUACGACACCAUGUACUCAGACAAUGAGGAGGCGGAGUCAGCAGACAAGGCUGUGCAGCAGGAAGUUAACACAGAGGCGCUGAUAUCCAUGUUCCGCCAAAGUCAGCGAGACUCCCAAGGAGACAAAUGUUCGGGGGAGGGUGUGAGGGAGCGCUUGUGGGAGGAGCAUUUCUCUGAGUUUGGGCGUGGCGUGCACAUGUUCCGCACGGAGAAGAUCCAGAAGCUGGUUGCCAUGGGGAUCCCAGAGAGCCUGCGGGGGGAGCUGUGGAUGACAGUAUCAGAUACCACCUCGGAGGUGCGGGCCCACCCGGGUUACUACGGUAACCUGCUGGAGCAGGCGAUGGGCCGGAGCUGCUUGGCGACGGAGGAGAUCGAGCGGGACCUGCACCGCUCGCUCCCGGACCACCCAGCCUUCCAGAACGAGGCCGGCAUCUCCGCUCUGCGCCGCGUGCUCACCGCCUACGCCCACCGCAACCCCAAAAUCGGCUACUGCCAGUCCAUGAACAUCCUGGCCUCUGUGUUCCUGCUGUACUGUCGGGAGGAGGACGCAUUCUGGCUGCUGGUGGCUGUGUGUGAGAGGAUGCUGCCCGAUUACUUCAACCGCAGGGUUAUCGGGGCGCAGGUGGACCAGUCUGUGUUUGAGGAGCUGAUUCGGGAGCGGCUACCUCUGCUGGCCGAGCACAUCUCCGACCUGGCGCCGCUCUCGUCCGUCUCGUUGUCGUGGUUCCUCACGCUGUUUGUCAGCGUGAUGGCGUUCCGCUGCGCCGUGUGCGCGAUCGACUGCUUCUUCUUCCACGGGAUCAAGGCCAUCUUCCAGCUGGGCCUGGCGGUGCUGGACGCCAACGCACCAGCGCUGUGUGCCAGCUCUGACGACGGGCACGUGCUGAUGAUUCUCUCCAGUUUCCUGGAUCAGGUAAGGCAUGAGGAGGACCCUGUCCCCGGGCCUCAGGGCUCACCGGAGGACGGAGAGGCGGGUGUGGAGGGAACUCAGAUCAGUGACCUCAUCAGAGACUCCUAUGAGAAGUUUGGUGAUCUGACAGUGCAGCAGGUGGAAAGGUUAAGAUGCAGACACAGGAUCCAAGUUCUACAGGCACAUGAGGACACCGCCAAGGAGAACACUCUGAGGGUGGUCUCUGCUGACGUGUCCCUGUCCCCUGAAGAUUUGGCCGAUGUCUACGACCUUUUCAAGACUGAGUAUUUCAUCAACCUGUACUGGGGUGAAGAAGCAGGCGGUGCCGGGGGCGGGGCCCUGAGGCAGCACAACCCCAGUGGGCCGUACGCCGAGCAGUACCAGGUGGAUCGGGUGCAGUUUAAGAGCCUGUACCACCUGCUGGCGCCGUGGCUGUGUGGCCUGCACACCGACACUGUGGCUGAUCGCACCUUCUGCCUGCUCGACCUGAACCAGGAGUCCCUCGUCAACUUCAGACAGUUUGCCGGCUGGCUGGAUACGAUGUACUGUGGGGAGCUGAACGAGAAGAUCCGCCUGCUGUAUCGCCUGCACGUCCCCCCAGCUCUCACUGAGCAUGAGGAUGACCCCUCCCCCCUGAAGACCCCGUUGCUGUCCACCAGCAGACCGCUCUACAUGGAGUCCCCUAACGGAGAGAUGAAAGACUACCAGGAGCAGCUGAAGCAGAUGCUGAAGGAUCUUGCCAAGGAGAAGGAAGAGAACAUGGAGAAGCCGUUACCCAUGAUGACUCAAAGGGAGUUCAUCCAGUUCUGUAAGACCCUGUACAGCAUGUUCCAUGAAGCUCCGCAGGAGGAGAACGAGCUCUUCCAGGCCAUUGCCACAGUUACCAGCCUGGUUCUGCAGAUCGGGGAGGUGGACCACAGAAGCCGGUGCUCCCGGGAGGAGGAGGGCAGGGCCGCAGCGGCAGAGGAACCCCCCUCGCCCAGCAUAUCGAGGUCCGGGAGCGAGUGGACGGUCAGCUUCGCCCAGAUUCUGGCCUCCCUUCUCACAGAGCAGUCUCUCGUCAACUUCUUUGAGAAGCCCACGGACCUCAGGACCAAGAUCAGCCAGGCCCGGGAGAGGCAGUACCACGAGCGGGUCGGACUGCUGGAGAUACAGCAGGGACCGGGCUGAACCGAACCCUGCAGCAGGUCUGAUUAUCGAUGAUCCUUCAACCAACCGUCCGUCCUAGUGACUCAGAUGAGGACGUGUCUUUGUGCCUUUACUAGAAAUUCAGUGUGUCGUGGUGACGGGCGGGAGUGAGGGCCAAUAGGAAAAGAGGAGAGCUUGUCACUUUGGAUCUGGGAUCUGCCCUCAUUGAAUACUGUUACCCUUGUCAUUUGUGAGCUGACCCAAGAGCCCCAGAUGAGCUUUUUAAGUGUCACAGCUCAUCUUUGUCCUGCUCUGUUUCGCUGUACCUCCAGCUGGGAAUGCACUGCAUACUUGCCAGAGCAAUGUGUUUUUACUUUUUACUAGAUUUUAUUUUUAAGGAAAUGCCUUAAAAUAAUCCAUGUUUUUUUCAGAUAAGUACACCGUAUUAUGGAGGGAAGAAAUUAAAACCUUUCACACACGCACACACGCACACUCGCAGACACACAUGAAAACACACGCAUGCAUGCACGCACGUGCACACACACACACGCACGCACAUGGACAAGCACACUGAAUGCAGAGCUGGAUGGGGUUGCAGGUUUGAGUCCUAGUGCCCCAUGCAGUUUUUUCAGAGCCAAAGGAAGUGGCUUCUCAUCCGUGCACUAAUUAGAACAGACUUCAGGCCAUCUCGGAAAACACACUGAGUGUGAGGCACAUCAAAAUGAAAUGGACCUCUUCAUGCGUAGUGUUUCUUUGAAGGGAUAGUUUAGGUGCUGGUUUCCUAAAAUAUUACCUCAGGUUUAGUGUAUGAUUUUGAUUGGCUCUCACAGUCUUUGUGAUGUCCUGCCGGCUUCACAGUGGUAGGUAUUGGGCAUUCUGGGGGUUGUGGUCUAACACAAGAAAAUGCACUUCAGCAACUCCUAAGCCAUUUGUACAGAGGUUGUGUGUGUGUGUCUAUAUUACCCAAUUAUCCUUCAAAAAAUUACAUUUCAUAUUGAUUUUGGCUGGAACAGUUUCCUCUGAAACCUGAGACUGCUGCAUUCAAGGAAAGGGAGGAAAGUGCUGGUGUGAUAUUAAAACUGGUAUUUAACACGUACAGUACGUUAACACUGAGAAUAAAAGCUAUUAAGUAAUGUGUUCAUAUGUGCAGUCUCAGGAAACAUGGCCUUCCUCUGUAAACUGCUCUGGAGUUAAUUGAAGUGUAUUUUUGUGUUUAAGACCAUGGACCCCCAAACGUCCCUACAUUAGUGACUGUAAAGCCUGUACAUCUUCUCCAGAUUUCUAAAAUAUCCUUCAUUGCAAAAACAGUAUUAGCCAAUCAACAAAAUACAUAAAAUCUGAAAUAUUAAACAAUCCAGAUAUCUCCUUGUGUAUCCGCGCUGAUAACCUGUUCUUUUGUCCGUCCCAUGAAUAGCUCUGCUAGCUCUGCAACGUAUCCGAUGCUUGAGCUAACCCCCAUUUAUCAAACAGGAAGUGCCGCUGGGGGGUCGUGGAGUGACCUGGAAGUUCACAACUGAGUGUCGUUCUGUGUGGCCUGAAUCAAGUCUUUUACAAUUCUGUCACAUUAAGUCAUUUACAAUUCUGUCACAUCAAGUCUUUUACAAUACUUUUACAUCAAGUCGUUUUAAUGUGAACCGAUGAAACCAUGUAGCCGAAUGUGUGCUUCUGAAAAUACAUCUUUCAACGCAGAAUAAUCAUUGGAAAGUCUCUGCAUAAGAAUGAAAUGAAACGGUUGAUAAAUUUAUUGUUUGUGUUUUCUGAGGACUUUUUUUCUGAUUUGCACAGACUGCCUGAUUUUGUUUUUUAUUCCAGUAUACAUAUGAUCUGUUUUCAUUAACUUUUUUUCUUUACUUGAAUCUUGAAUGAAAGAA